AGGUGAGCAGGGAUGCGCUGCGGAAAUGCGAGCGGGGCUUCGGGGUUUCCCACGCCUCUGGAGCUGAUGCCUACCUGCAGGGGAUGAAGGUGUGUCCCUCCCUGCCGACGGCUACCGGGAGAACGUCCCUCCCUCCCUGUGAGCCCUCUUGAGAAGGGGCAUGGCAUCCCCCUCCGAAGACCACUCCCUCAAGCCAGCUCCAGCCAAACCUCUCACGGACCUGGAUUUUCGUUCCGGGGCACGAAUCAAAGAGCUCAAUCAACUCAUCCAAGAGUAUGAAGCCAGGAACCCCAGCGUCCUGGACGCUCCAGAGUUGCACCGUGCCAAGGAUCUUGUCUUCUCCCUGCUGGGUCAAGUCCAGAAAUCUGAUGGAAAACUUCCGCCGAUCAACCGAUACCUGAUUCUUUCCGGAGGGGCCCAGCAGGGCACUGUCAAUGUGGACCCGGGCACUCUGUGCCCCCUCUCUCCCGGCGGUGACUACGACACGGACUUCACCCUCCUGGUGCCAGUUCUGCAGGCAGCCGGGGUCCCCGUCACCUUGGACAUGAAGCAAAGCCCCCCAGGUUGCAGCCAGAUCAGCCUCCAGCCCUUCGACGCUGGAACGCUCCGCCAUUGGUCAGACUGUUGCUCAGGCGAUGAGGCCUACCUCUCCGCCGAGCUGGUGGCCGACUGGUUUUUCCGCUCCGUUGCCAACGCUGCCAAAGACUCCAGGGUCGAGCGGCGCGGCUGCCUCACCUCCGUGGUCAUCUCCGUUGGGCUCUACCGCAUCCUCUACGAUAUCGUCCCAGUGGUGGCUUUGAGGGGCUGGCCUGAAGUUGCCCAACCCUGGCUGAGCCAGGCCCACUUCUGGGACGGCAAGUUGAAGGACGAGGAAGUCGCCGGUGGCUUCUACCUCUUGCCUUCCGCCUCCGGUGCCGAUUGGCGCCUGGCGUUCUCGUCGAGCGAGCUGUACCUGAGGAAGACCCUUCCUCUCCCGUUGGUUCACGCUGUCCGAGCUGCCACGGCCCUCCUCGGCUGCCGUCGCCUUAAGGGCUUGGGGCCUUACCACCUCUUCACCCUGUCCCUUUGGUCGUGCGAGCGCCUCCCGACCAGCUACCUUGGCCAAGAGGAGAACGCCGCCCACGCGCUGCUGGGCCUUCUGGAUGACCUGUCCGCCAGUUUGGUCCACAGGCAUCUCCCCAACUACUUCCUACCCCAGUGGAACCUUCUGGAAGGCCUUUCCCGGCGAGCCGUGGAGAACCUUGCCCAGCAGGUGACCCGGGCGAGGGCUGACCCUUCCAAGUACCUCCGCCAAGCUGUGGAAGGGGCCAAAGAAGCCAGUCGCUUAGCGAAGGCCUUUAGAAACCAGGUUUCUUCCUCCGGGGUCUCGUAACGCCUUGGCAAGAGCAGGUGUCCAUAGGGAGGCAGACGUGGGCCAAGCUACCUCCAAUUCAACCAAUCAGGCUUCUUGAAACCGCUUCCAGGGGUCUUUAACUGAAAUGAGAAUUGGAUGAUUGGGGUCUUUAAAUCUCUCUCUCCACCCCCCACCCUCAAAUCUGAGCUGUAGGGGGUGGGUGGGUGUUAGGGAUGGGUUGAUUUCUUGUUUUGCUUCCUCGUGGAACCAGGCCUAGGAGGGUAAGAGGAACAGGAGUCAGAAAGACGGCAACAUAAACACCCACUGCAAGCUGGGGAUGCAA